UGCCUUCUCUUUAGUGCGAAGUUAAGAUAACGUAACCAGGCUUAGUGAACGGAUGUGCAGUAACCAAGAACAAACUCCACGUUAGCGUUUUUGUUAUUUAGACGUUUAUUGACACCGUGGAACUCAAAAUAUGACAGUAGCAGCACACACUUGCCGCAGGUAGUCUUUAAAUCGUGUUGGAGACGGAACUUGGUUGAUAAAUGUUAUCUAGCUAGCUAGCUGCCUGCUAACAACAAUGGCGGACUGUAUGGUUUUUCACACUCAAAUAGCCUCCGUCAUGGAGAUGCUAGCAAAUGCAGCCGUGGCAGAGAUCUGUAAACUUGUAGACGACGACUAUGCAGUGUUUCGAUUGGAAAUAACUCAAAGCCAGAAAGAAAACAGGGGAUUGCGGAGAAAACUACAGCUUUUGGAAAUGAAGGUGGCACGGGAGCGCGCAGAAAGGACAAUUAGAGAGCGCGUCCUCGCCAGUCGUCCCAAUAGUGUCAAGAUACUCGACCGAUACAGAGGAAUUGCAAGAGGGGAAGGACAUCUCGCUGGAGGCCACAGGAGCUUCGUGAAGCCAGCGGGACACAAUACAUGGAGAGAUGACCAACCCACAGCUAUAGGUGAAGGAAAUGGAACCUCAACCCAGGAUGUUAUUGUGAUAGAGUCUGCAGAGGCUGCAGGUCCUGGGGUCAAGCUGGAGAGGUCUGAAGGAGAGGAGGACCCACAGCACAGCAGAGACAUCCAGUCUGGAGCAGUGGCUGGAGUGGCGCACCCUGUAGUCACGGAAGACCUCGCCACCGCUGCAGCGCCCCAGACCAGGACCGGACGCAGCAUCACGGAGGUCAGUGGAACGCUGAACGCCGUCCUCAAGUUGGAGACUUUAACUGUAACACAAAGGCUCUUACACACAGGAUCUGACAACAGGUCAGACCCAGAGAGACUGGGGCAGGAAAUGCUGGGCUGUCCUCCUCCUCACGACUCAGAGUAUUUACUUUAUGGUAACCCGAGUUUGAGGAAGGUUCAUUCCUAUCGGGACUCAGAUGACACGUUAGAGACCGGCAAUGAUUCGUCUUCUUCUUACACUCCAGAGAUGGGUUUAGAGAGACAGGCUGAUCUAUCUAGAGGGGCCUGGAACCGGUACAGUAGUAGUGUAUACUCUGAAGGUUGCCUCGAUAAGCAAGGGGAGGUUAUAGAUGAGGUAACUGUGAAAGUGGAGGGCGAUGCUCCUCUGACAUGGAAUGUAGAUGAGACUCACUUAGUAGAAGGACACUCGCAAGGAAGAUAUUUCUUAGAUUACAGGGAAAGCUUAGAGACAAAUCCAAAUGUCAUGACCCACUCCCCUUUACAGGCGGUCAGGAAUCGCAACCCAGUGUCCACGUCGAUGGGGCCUUCCGAUUCACACAGCAGUGUCCUUUUCGAUCAGGUAUUGGACUCAAACGACAGGGCAAGAGCCCAGGCUCAGGAAGGGGGAGACACAUCAGGCAAUACUAAAGAGAAACGGUUCCUCUGCAUGUUCUCUAAUAAAGGCUUCAGCUGCCCCCAGAAGGGGGUGAUCAACAAGAGUGUUCACACAGGUGUGAAAUCUUUCAGCUGUACCCAGUGUCAUAUGCGCUUUGCACAGUCCGGCAACCUGAAGAGGCACCAGAGGGUCCACACAGGGGAGAAACCAUUCAGCUGUACCCAGUGUCAAAUGCGCUUUGCUCAGGCUGGCCACCUGAAGAGGCACCAGAGGGUCCACACAGGGGAGAAACCCUACAGCUGCCCCCAGUGUGAGAAGAGGUUCUCCCACCAACACCAUCUGAAGAUGCACCUCAAUGUCCACACGGGUGAGAGGCCAUUCAGAGAGGAGAUACCUCAGGAUACACCAGCAGAAAAAACAUUCCACUCUAACAUAGAAAGUAAUCAUUCCACUCGAUAGGUUCUGAUGUUUAGAUCAAACCCUGCAUUAAAUAGAAAUAUACAUGUUCAUUGUCAGCAUAAAAAUAUCCACAGAUGCAUUUAGAAUAACGUGAGUAACAGAUUUCAGUGUUGAAUAUUCCUGCGUAGAAUAUUGCUUCCAGGCAUUGUGUGAUUUAUAAGGCAUAUAGAAGCCUAAAAAGUCUUACAUAUUGUGUUUUACUCUGUAGGCAAUAUGAUGUUCACAAAUGCCUAUUUCAUUACUUCAAUUUAACUACUUUCCCAAGACAUUUUUAAUGAGAAAAUGAAUGCAGUUUAUCACAUUAUCAUGCCGAUUGAGACUUGUCUGUGUGUUUAUCAUAUGGUGUAUUUAAAACUUGUUUGUUUAAAUAAUAAACACAAAAUGGGACUUUUAA